GUCGGUUCCCACAGCCAACAAAGUUUCUUUAAAAUUAAUAUACAAGUUUUCUAAAUACCCUUUAAGGUAGGCUAUAUAGAUUUCUCAACAUUAAUGAAGAGUAAGAUCCUCACACAGGUCUGUGGGAAGUGGUUAGUGAGAAUGAGUUUCACUGAGCUGGAGUAUGUGAGCCUGGCUCCCGAUGACCUGGACGACAUCUCUCACCUUCUGGUCAAUCAUUUCUACACGCGAAACAUUACGACUUUUCUUCUGGGCAUGAGCCCGGAAUCAAAGAUGGCUAUGGACCUCAAUGACAUCCGGACCUGCUUAGCAGCUAAGCUCUCGGUGGGUGCUAGAGACAAGUCAACAAGGCAGCUGGUUGGGGUGCUAAUGAACUCCAUUCUCACUCCUGGCUCUGGAGUAAUUCAAACUUCUUCCGAGAGCGUUGAGACUGAGGUAUGUCACUUGUAGC